UUAACCUUUUAUUUGGCGUUUGUGUUUCUAUAUAUAUGUCUCCUUUCUCCUUCAAAGGUCCAUUCCUUUUUCCCUCUCCCUUCCCCAGAAGCUUGCCACCGCAAUCCAUGGAAAUCAAGGUCAUAUCCAGUGGAGUCCGCUACUCGAGCCUACCGGAGAGUUAUGUGCGGCCGGAGUCGGAACGCCCAAAACUAUCUGAAGUUGCCGAAUGCGAAAACUUUCCGGUGAUUGACUUGGGUUGUAGAGAUAGAAGUGUAAUUGUGCAACAAAUUGGCGAUGCCUGUCAGCAGUUUGGCUUUUUCCAGGCAAUAAAUCAUGGAGUAUCAAUGGAAGCAGUAGAGAAAAUGAUUGAAGUUGCCCAUGAAUUCUUCCGGUUACCCGUGGAAGAAAAGCUGAAGUUAUACUCCGAUGAUCCUUCAAAAACCAUGAGGCUAUCUACAAGUUUCAAUGUGAAAAAGGAAACAGUUCACAACUGGAGAGACUAUCUCAGACUCCAUUGCUAUCCAUUGGAGAAGUUCGUGACAGAGUGGCCUUCUAAUCCUUCUACUUUCAAGUGGUGUGAACGAAUAACACUUUUUUCUUUCGAGGAUACAUCGAAAGAGGCAGCCACUUUUUCUUCAAAGGACAUUUGCCCAAAAAGCCAGGCCAGCCCUGCCCUGCCCUGCGACCGUCCACAGCCCACAUGGUUAUUUCAAAAGCAGGGGCCGACAUCCAUGGCCCUCUUGUUCGACGCGCACAAGAUACGCAUAAGUUCACGGGCUCUUUAA